AUGAAGCAGCGCUCGCACCUGCUCUUCGCUCGCGAGCACGACGUCCCGCUCAUGGUGUUCGACUCGCGCGACGAGCUGCUCAAGAUCCAGAGCGAGUUCCCCGAGGCGAAGCUCGUGCUGCGUCUGCAAGUGGACGACUCCAAGGCGCGUCACCAGUUCGGCCCCAAGUUCGGCACGCCAAUGGAAGAUGUUCCGGCUUUGCUGGAGACGGCGAAGCACCUGGAGCUCAAUGUUGUCGGGGUGUGCUUCCACGUCGGCGUCGGCGUUCUGGAGGCGAGUGCAUUCGUCGAUGCGAUCGUGCGCGCCAAACAGGCGUUUACUAUGGGCUUGGAUGCCGGGUACAAGUUCACACUGCUCAAUCUUGGAGGUGGCUUUGCUGGCGAUGACCUUGGGCCGGUCAAGUUCGAGGACGCGGCUAAAGCGAUCAAUGCAGUGCUGGACGAGCUCUUCCCCGAAGACAGCGGCGUUGACAUCAUCUCCGAGCCUGGACGGUACUUCGUAUCGGCUUGCGCCACGCUCACGGUGAACGUGAUCGGACGCAAGGUCGACCCGGAGCUCACCGAUCCCGAGAGUGAAGCCAAGGAGCCGCGCUACAUGUACGUCGUGAACGACGGCAAGCAUGGCUCCUUCAGCACGCCCCACUUGUGCGUUGUGCCGGACCCUGUAGUGCUGAAGAGAGCAAACAAGGACGAGUCGACGCCGGUUCCAUGCAGCGUGUGGGUCGGGGACUGGAUCACGUUCCCGCGGAUGGGGGCCUACAGCUUCGCCACGGGCUCCACCUUCAACGGGUUCUCGCUCCCAAGCCGCGUCUACAUCGAAGAGAACUAA